AUGUUCAUCAAACUAAAAGGUAUAAAUAGUGAGUUGCAGUUUAAACUUUUCAGUAAUGAUCUUUAUCAUGAGUCAUAUUCAUUUAAAGAGAAAAAGUCUCGUGAUCGCUAUACACAGAAGUCUAGGGAUCAUGACAGUAGACAUGCACGUAAUCGUUGCAGUGAACCAUGUAUGAAUUUUACUACUUCAUCAGAAACGAAAG